UCUUCAAGGCAGAACACGGAUCAACUGAUCUGCUGCUUGCUUGGGUCAAAGUGAACGUUAGCAACAUGUUGACGUGUUGAUGUUGCCGAGGGUUGAAAUUGCCUUUCGACUCUCACUUAGCGAGCGAGAGCGAGCACUGGCAAGUCUGUUGCUAGCGUCGUGCGCCUCACUGUCCAUGUUCCUGAGUAAAGCGCGCCAGUCUAACGGGACCAGUGGAUACGUAGACAUCGACGUGCGGUUGCUGCUCUUCUAUUUGAUGUGUUCGUAAUGGGUGCCCGACGUACCCAUCGUUCGUUCUAGCAAAUAGCAGCUAACAAACGAGCUACAAUUUAAAGCAUAGCAAGUAUAAUGCCGAAAUCAUACAAUGAGGCAUCAUACAAUUACGCCAUAAAAUAAAUAUUUAAUGGGCUGAAAUACAAAUUUGAAAAGUACAUAAAACAAAGUGUUAUUCAUUGCAACUUCCCACCGAAAGCAGAUGGUAUUUGAUCGAUCCGUCGAUGACAACGCCAUGAAUACGACGGCCCAUUCAGGCAAUAUGAAAGUGAACAUGAAUGCGAGGACAUAUAUUGACCAGCCGUAACACAUACGAAGCCAUCGCCAUCGCGGAUGAUGAUAACAAUAAAAUAUGAAAAUUCAAAAAAUGCAAAUUGUCAAAAUCUGAGGGUGCACAAUAAAAUCGAGCAUAAAGAACAUCAAAUCAACAACGGACGCUAAACAACGAUAACACACAGUCGACACCAACGACCAACAACCAAUAGCAACAACAACAACAGUCACAACAACAACAAAUAACAAGCAAAUCAACUCUGGCCGGUGGCAAUGGCCGAGUCGGAGCCAAAUCCCGCACAGCAUCUGCAAUGGCAGCACUGCCAGCAUCCUGCUCUGGAUCGACCACAGCUACGGCAACCUAGCAAAUGUCGGCACGUGCACAACGAGUGCUCCUGGGGCCAUGGCUGGAGCAGAGUCGCCUGGCUGCUGGCUGCUGUGUGCCUGCUGACGCGGCCCGUCAUGCCGGAAGUUAUUUAUCGAGUUGAUCCUUUGGCUCUGCUGGCGGCCACCUUGCGGACGUACCAGCGUGCCGGAUGCGAUUCAGAACAGCUGUCACUCAGCUGUCCACGUGGCACUAGCAUUUCCAUAGAGCUGGCCCAGUACGGACGAGCGGGUGAUUUAUCCGACCACAGCUUGUGUCCGCCUGUCUCGCAGGAGGACCUCACUACGACCGGAAGUGCCGGCGAUGCUGUCAUCCACAGCGGCACAGAAAUCGAAGUCAAACCGCCGGAAACGUGUACCGUAAGCGGAUUACAGUACGCCCUGCUGCAGACCGUGGUGGAUGCCUGCCAAAAGAAGAGGCACUGCAAGUUCGCUGCGAAUUCCAAAACGCACACAAGCGCCGAUCCCUGCUCGGGCAUUCGAAAAUUCGUCGAGAUUGCCUACAAAUGCCGUCCAUACGAAUUCCGGAGCAAGUUGGCCUGCGAGAAUGACAACAUGCCGCUGAUGUGCAAUCCAUACUCACGUAUCGCCAUCUACAGUGCGUCCUUUGGCCACACGGAACGAGAGAACGUACAGUGCGGCGGUCCGGGUACUCCGCCCGGCACCGUGCGGAUCAAUCGGGAGGAGAACAGCCAACCCACCUGCCUUGUCUCGUAUGCCACCGAGACUGUCAUGCAAAUCUGUCAUGGACGUCGUCGCUGCUCGGUGGCCGCAGAUGCUGGCACCUUUGGCCGUCCCUGCAAGGGAGAUGUGCGCAUGUAUCUGAAAGUCGUUUACACGUGCAUCCCCCGCAAGGUGCUCAAAGACCGUUAUGAGACAGGUGCGGAAGCGGACGAGCCGCAGCAAACUGAUCUAGACCUGGACCAAGAUGAACUAUAUGACGAGGAUCAAUUCUACAAGGAGUCUGAGGCCAUUCCGCCAGCACCCAAGCUACAGGGCGCCAAUGUGGGUCGCUCCUUUGACUUCGACACCAACAGCGUUGGAGAAGAAGCAACGAGCACACUUCUGCCCCCAUUACUAUCGCGCAACGAUGGCUCGUUAGAGGAGCGACUGCAGGCAUCUGUGCGACUCUUAAACCGCAUAAAAAUGUCAUUCAGCAACCAAUUGGUAACUGAGUCGGCCACAACCACAACACUGGCCAGUGAGCACAUUAGCACAACCACCGAUGGGGCGCCAAUUAAAGAUAAUGAGGAUAGCAGCAUUGAGUGGGCGACUGAGGGCUCGGACAUCGAUGCCGAGACUGCCAAUACAGAAUCGAACUUUGAGAAGGGAAACUUCUUCUAUCGCCGCAAGUGCCAGAUGGUGGAUGAUUGGGGUACAAUAGGUUUGAACUGCACCGAAGAGGACAUCGUCACUGAACGUGUCGAAGUGGUUGGUUUCUUGGCAAAUUGGCUGCACACCUAUCUGCACAUUCGAAAGCAUCAGGAACAGUUUUACCUCUAUCUUAUCAUAUCGGUGACAGCGGGCGUUCUGCUAUGCCUAACGCUUGUCAUCGGACGACUCACCCUUCAGCGACGGGGCAACCGUUUGAAAAGGAGCUCCAGUGUCAGUGGCGUGGCGAAAAACUUUGCAGAAACUCCAAUCGAUGGCACUGGCGGGAGCGGCGGUGCUGGUGGAGGAGGCGGCAGCAAUUUCCAACAGAUGGCAACAGGUGAAACCCAUCUGGGCGAUACUUUCGGUGACGACAUCUCCGACAUCGAUGUCGACGUGGACUUAACAGCUCCGAUGCCAUUGUCUAGUCUAUCAUCACGGAACGAGACCUCCUACAUGACAUACGCACCGACGCCCAACUGUAACUACGCUGGCUUAACAGGCGCUCAACCACAUUCACAUCCACAUCCACAUCCACAUCCAUCGUCCACGGCAACCAGUGUGCUGAUGGCACCACCUACGCAGCCCAACAUUUACACCAGCAUGGGCCAUCCAGCUGUGAGUGGAGCAAUGACCAUAGGUCCUCACAUGCUGGGCCCCUCAAGCUUGGGUGGCGUAACGCCAGCUUAUCUCAGUGGCACCAUCAUGGUCCCCGGGCAUCAACACACGCAUGGCGGCACCCUGCGUCGCACUCUAAUACCAACCAGCAUGGGCCUGAUGAGUGCGCCCUCACCACCGCCGGCGAUGCUGGGCACUGGUGGCGGAAUGGCGCUGCCGCCGCACUCGAUGGCCUCCACCAGCGGCAGCGGCGUCUACUACGAUAGCACAGUGCCACGCAGUCUGGCACGCGGCUUGUCCACUGAGAGCGGCGGACAGUAUUUCCUGGGAUGACACUCGCUUAACCGCAAGGCU